CCGUCGCCCGGCGCUGACCGGGGCUCACCCGAGGAGGUGAUGAGGAAAAUGCAGCCAUUCCGAAGGAGGUAGCAAGAGCGGUGCUAGUGAGCGAUGUCAGCUGGGCCCUGAGUGUCCGCAGGACAGCGAGAAGAUCUUCUGGGACAGCGAUGGGCUCUGAAAACACCGUGUCUGCUCCGCCUGACAAUCCCAACAAACUUCCUUUUGCCCUUCCAGCCUCCUGUGUAUUUGAGUGGCAUUUGGCAUUGUACCAUCCCACGAGUCUAAAGUACUGUUUUCAAUGAAUGAAGAAAUAGAGAACUUGGACUCCAUUCAACCCAUUUGACAAAACCCCUCUUCUUAUUUGGAGGGUAUGAUUUAUGGAAGUGAAUGUGGAACCUCUCUGCUUAAAACUAGGGUGCUUCCCAGGCAUUCAAAGGGGAGAAGAAAUCAAGCGGCACCCAGCAUAAGGGACCAGAUGGAGCUGAGGCUGUCACAGGAUCUGCUCCAGCCACGCCACUGAGUCCUGUUGCAGAAACGUUCAGAGUUAUUCAGGGGGCCAUGAGUGAGGAGUAUGUGAGAACUACUCAGGGUGUCUUUCAGUUUGAAUUAUCCGGUGACGAAGGAGGCACUUGGUACAUUGACCUGAAAACCAAGGGUGGGAGCGCUGGUUUCGGAAAGCCUCCUGUGGCGGCUGAUGUGGUUAUGAGCAUGUCGAGUGCCGACUUUGUGAAGAUGUUCACAGGAUUUCAGGAGUGGAAGGGAGAGGUGUGCAGCAUCCAGUUCAAUAUUAACUACAUCCUGGAACCUGAAGACAGAAUGAGCAUUGCUUGCAUGAUGGAAGAGUGAGAACCCACCAUGCUGCCCUGGGGGAUACUGAUUGCUGCCAGCAGCCAGACCAGGGCUGUGCCUGACCACCGAUGUGGCUGUAUGAAUAACUGAUCAUGCCAGGGAGAGAAGGGUAGGAACUAUCACAUCCCACACUUUGAUUGGUGUAAGCAGUUAUGGAUUCACACCCAACAGGACAAGCAAUUCACUAGCAAGAAAAAGGAAAACUAGAAAACUUGGACCUAAUUUUCAAUUAAAAGUAUUUCUACUAUUCUACAUGACCCAGGAUGAGUGU